CACAGCUUGUGUAAUUGUUGCUCACAGCCAUGUAAAGUAGUUUUCUAUACACCCAUUGAAAGCACCACAAUUUUCCAUACUCUAAAGAAGAAAAUACUUGUCUAAAGACAGCUCAGCAAAUCUCAUACACAACCCAACUCUUGACCAAAACAUUUGGAGUGUGUCUUUUUUUCUGAGAAGUAAGAUGGGUUGUGGCUGCAAAAAAAACAUUUGCAAUAACAAAAGGUGCAAGUGUGUAAAGACGGAGGGAAAAAAGUGUGAUGAAACAUGUGCUUGUGAUCCGCACAAAUGUGAAAAUCGUAAAGAAACUGUGGACAAGGAACAAUAUGAAGAAGGAAAGGAUGAAGCACAAAAUCUUAAAGAAGAGGAUGAAAUAAAAGAGGAUGCACAGCAGGCACAGAAAAAAUGUACUUGGGAGGAUAUGGAGAGAAAGCUACGUGAACAGUACUCUAAAGACGUUCAGCAUUUAAGAAAAGCAAAGAAUGCUUCUAAAAUAGUUCCCAGAAACUUGGAGGAUAUUGUGGUGAAAAGGGAAAAUGAAAUUGAGACGGUAUUGCAGAACAUGGCUAAGAUGGAUAUUAAUGAAAACAAGUAUGAAGUGUUGGGAACAGAAGAAUGGCUUGAUUUUGAAAGGAAACAAACCCCUUGCACAAUAUGUAAACGUAAAUUUCAACCAGAUCGUAUUGCUAAACAUGAAGAUAUUUGCAGAAGGAGGUCUCGCACUUCAAAGAUUGAAGUUUCAUUUUAAAUACAACUAAAAAUAUAUCUACAGGCAUUAUGCUGUGCCUUAAAAUUUUUUCGUGCCAAUUUAAUACUAGCAUUAUGAAUACUGCAUUUUUGAUCUUUUAGUUUGUAAGUUUUGUGAAUAAAUUAAUCAAAUGUAUGCAGCUAUUAAA